UUAGCUAGCUUCUCAACAUUCGAACACAAUCAAAAAAUUCAGCCUUCGCUCCGUCUUCGAAGCUUCACAUGCAGGUUUACCUGAGGUUAGAAAGUGUUGGCUUGGGGGAGUUAUGGCGGAAGCCGCCUCUGCUGUCGAUGAUACGGUCGAUGUAGAGGAGGUUGAAGAGGAUGUAACGGAAUGGGUGGAAAGACUGAGGUCUGCACUGAAGGAGAACACCGACUAUUCGAGUUUGCAUGACCUUUGCGCCAAUCAUGUUCAGCAUAUUCCUGACGACCUGCGAUUUGACGUAUGGAAGGUGGCUCUCGGUGUGGCUCGAAAGCCAGACGCAAUGGCCAACUGGGAUGGCUCAUUGGACUGCCUUGACCGGGAAGCCAUUAGUGCUCGCUGCUCCACGCAGGCUGAGCAGCUACAGAUCAGUGAGGAAGAUAGAUGUGCAGUUGCUGAAGACAUGAAAGCUGUUCUUACCUUCUACUGUAAGUCUAGGAAUGUCAGAUUUCGACCGGAUAAUGGCUGGGCAGAGCUGCUUUUGCCCAUUGCAGCACACCGUUGUUCACGUGGUGAUAUGUACAACGUCCUGUAUGCUCUCACACACAAGUACGUGCCACGGGAAUGCCGUCGCGAUGGUAGGCCAUUCCACCUAUUCCGCUUAUUGCUGCUGUAUCACGAACCAGAGCUCUGUGCGUUCCUGGACACGAAGCGCAUCACGCCAGACCGCUACUUGCAGCAUUGGCUGCGAAGCCUGUUUGUAGCUACAUGUGGCCUUGAUGUGGUGAUGGCAAUGUGGGAUGUAUAUCUGCUUGAAGCGGAUCCUUUUCUCAUAUUUUUCUUAGCACUGGUUACACUUGUGAACGCAAAGGAGAUUCUGAUGGACGGCCAGGACACGUCACGAGCUGAUUUAGUCGAGACUAUGAAAGGUAUUCCGUGCCAGCUUGAGAGAGAGGACAUUGAUGACUUUUGCUUGCUUGCCCAGCACUAUGCUGCCAGAACUCCGCAGUCGUUUCGCAUGGACUAUCAUGCCCCUCUCUUUGGCCCUGGCAAACCGUCAACUAUCGAUGGUCCUAUAUCGCAAGCUCUGUGUCUUCCAGUAGGUCUCACCGACUUGUUAGCAUCGAUGCGGCACCAGAAGGCGUCUGAAGAUGCUGUUGGAUACUUUGUUAUCGACUGCCGGCCUCUGGAUCAGUAUGAAGCAGGGCGGUUGCGUGGUGCUCAUCACCUGAAUUCUGUACUAAUGCUUCAAGACCUGACCAAGUUCUAUGAACUGGUAGUGGAGUUGCAGGCCAAGCAUAAGGAGCGAGGUGCAAACGAACACUGGUGCUUUAUUAGCUCUGGGCAAGAGGAAGACGACCAGUACAUGAACAUGGUUGUGGCUCAUUUCUUGCAGCGCUACACCAUGUAUGUCAGUAUUGCCCGUGGUGGAUAUGCUGCUCUCGCAUCUCAAAUGUCCAGUCGUGUAAAGGACGUGCUGGAGAGCGAUGAUGGAAUUGAGCCCAUCGUGUAUGUCCCUGUGGGUGUUAAACCACAAGCCGACCCUGUUCCAGCUUCCACAUCUGACACCGAUGCAACAAAGCCAGCUGGAUCUGUGAUGGGCAGGUUUUUCGGUGCAGUCCGUGGCAAGACAACAGACUUACGUGAUCGUCUCUAUCAGUCCAUGCAAGAGGGUGGUGAGCCAGGUGCAGGACCAGCCGCCACUAGCCGCCAUGUGUCGCACAACGAUCGCACAACGCGCCACUAUCGUAACUCAGAGCCGCUCUUCAGCAUUGGCGGCGAUGAGGAAGUUGAGCAUCCACCCGGCGAUAGCCGCUCGGCCAGCGAGAGUGACACAGAGGCUGCAGCACGCCGGCCUACCGUCAACGUGGACACGUUCAGCCAUCGGUCGGAUGUCACGCAUUGCUUUGAGUGCAGCGAGAUGAAGCCUGAUGGUUACAUGGUGCCUGCACGGCUCGUUCUCACUCAAACUCGUCUCUUUGUCCUAAGAGAACUGCCUGAUCGGCGUGGCUGGGCACAGUUGCAUUCGCAGCACCCGCUCAUGACCAUUGUCAAGAUCACGUCCAAGAAGAAGUAUCCAGAGCUCAUCACUCUGCGUUUUGGUACCCUUGAGAAGAUUGUCUCAUCCCAACGUUUCCUCAUUCCCCAUGCAAAAAGCGCAACAGAGGCAAUCAAGAGCGCCAUCAUGAAAGAAAUGGAGAAAGUGGAUGCCUCAUCAUGACCAUCCACUCAUGUCAUGCAAGCCGCCAAAGUACAGUGAACACUAUGAUUGUGGCUGCAGGUGAUCUGUUAAAAUCAGAUUAUCAUGUUUUGCCAUUAGGAUUUAGAUAUUGCUAGUUGUCCGUCCUUUUCUUAUUAUUUUGUUUUUACUCAACGUGGACUGGUCUAUUUUAGAGUUACUCCCUCAUUUGCUGCUGUGAGUCUUGCAUUUUGCUGAGCCUUCAACUGCAUGCGUGUAUAUGUACCAACAUUUGUUUGACUAGUGUUAUUUUAGUGAUGUACAUAAUUAUUCUUACUGACCUCUAUCCUGCCCUAUAUUUUUGUUGUCGACUUUCAGUCUGCAUAUCAUGACAAUACUUGUAUUUCAAGCAUAUGUGAACCCAAGCUGGGAUCUUCUUCAAGGUGAUUUGAUAUAUUUUUUACUACAUGUAUGUUACUUUCAAAGUGUUGAGCAAUCAAAGAGUCUCCGGUCAGUUCCGGUUCUGGGGAUUGUUUCACUUA